AUGAUAAACAUUAUCCUCGGUCAUACGACAUACAGCACUAGCGCUAGUCCACACCCACAAGCGGAGAAAUUCACGGCCCUCGACAUUUUCUUUUCUCAAGCAUUCAGCGCAGAGCCAUACCAUAAGAAUUUCAACUUCUUUUGGAAGACUGUAGCAAUCAUGUCCAAGAUCACAGUCGCCGGAGUGCGCCAGAAUGUCGAGAACCUUCUCAACUACUCUCUCAAUGAGAAGAAGCGUAACUUCAACGAGACCGUUGAGCUUCAGAUCGGCCUGAAGAACUACGAUCCCCAGCGUGAUAAGCGUUUCUCUGGCACCAUCAAGCUGCCUACCGUCCCCCGCCCCAACAUGGCCAUCUGUAUUCUUGGUGACCAGCACGAUCUUGACCGUGCUAAGCACCACAGCAUCGAUGCCAUGUCCGUUGACGAUCUCAAGAAGCUCAACAAGAACAAGAAGCUCAUCAAGAAGCUUGCUCGCAAGUACGAUGCCUUCCUUGCCUCCGAGGGUUUGAUCAAGCAGAUUCCCCGUCUCCUCGGUCCCGGUCUCUCCAAGGCCGGAAAGUUCCCUACCCCCGUUUCCCACGCUGAGGACAUGGCCGCCAAGGUCACCGACGUCAAGUCCACCAUCAAGUUCCAGCUCAAGAAGGUUCUGUGCCUCGGUGUUGCCAUCGGUCACGUCGAGAUGGAGAAGGAGGCCCUUGUUGCCAACCUCAUGCUCGCCAUCAACUACCUUGUCUCCCUCCUCAAGAAGGGCUGGCAGAACGUUGGCAGCCUUGUCAUCAAGGCUUCCAUGUCUCCUCCCCACCGUGUCUACUAG